AUGAGAAAUUCCCCCGACGACGGCAGCUUCGACGACAAUGGAUCCGGCAACCGCCUCUUCAACACCAGCACGGCCAGUCUGCCGCAGGACCCCUUCCUGUCGCAGCAAGAGCCCCUGGUGCCGACCUUUCUCGACACGCAGGGAUGCUUGUGCCAGAUGCAGACAGACCCGAGCAGUGCAGACGAUAGCGGCUCAGGCACGGACACGAAGCCGUUUCUCUGGCAAUGCGUCGGCAACCAGACCGGAGCGGUCACCAUGGAGCCGAGCGGGAAGUGGUACAAGACCCGCGACGGCGCCGAGGGGACCGAAGCCGACCUGCUCAGACUGCCCGUCAACUCAGCCGCCCACCCUCUCGAUGCGGCCACGCCCAUGACAUGGGAUCUCCAGUCAAAGUCGUUCGUCAAACUUUCUGACGGGAACAGCAAGGACAACAGACUCGGCGCGUGGGACGCGGCGUGCACGGGCGAGAACCGCACCCAGUUCUCGACGUCCUUUUACGGGGCAAACGAGCAGCUGAAGAACAACCAGGACCCAAUAGCUGCUGCACCAUGUUGGAGGCCGGGUGCCGUUCCCGUCCAAAUCCAAAAUGUGUCCGACUGGCAGACGACGGGGUGUCUGGAGGGGUUCAUGUGCGUGAACAACACGGCCAACUCCCUCCCGCAAUACUGCCCCCCGAUCCAAGAAUGCCAGCUGGCGCGGCUCGCCAGCACCGUGUGCCAGCUCAACGGCAGCAACGUGGGCAUGGGGCCGUUCGAGCCCGUGGUGUGCCAGGCGGGGCGGUACUGUCCGCCGUCGGACAACGGAACCGUGACGCGCGAGUGCCCGGCGGGCACGUACUGCCAGGCAGGCGCGUCGACGCCUACACCGUGCAUGCGCGGCAGCAGGUGCCCGCCGGGGUCGACGUACCAGCUGUUCCUCGUGCCCGUCGGCCUCCUCGUCGCGCUCGACGUGCUGCUCGUCGUCGGGACCCUACUGCUGCGCCGCCGCCGCCACCACCGCCGCCGCCUCAAGGCUAACGCGCGCGGGCACGGCGUGCCGUCGCUGGGCUUUCUCGAGAAGCAGCGGGUGAGUGCCGGCAGCAGCAUCGCGGCCGUCAUCGCUAGACACAGGUACAAGCGCGUGCAGGACGAAACGGACCGUGUGGACGAAGACUGCGAGAUGGCACCCGUCAUGGAUGCCACCUACGUGCCGGGCCGCCAGGAUACCUGGAACGGCUUCGAGGCGGCCCUCGAUAUCCCCGAGCAGCUAGCCGGGAGUCCUAUAGAUGUCUUGAACAGUCCGGAGGCUGGUCUCACGCCCGAGAUCCGCGCGUUUGUGAGCUCGAUGAGCAAGGCUACCGAUGCGACUGAUUUUGGGCUGUCGUUUGGGUUCUCAGAGCUCACCUUCCAACCUAAAGGGAGCCAGCGGCCGAUUUUGCAGGGCGUCAUGGGGGAGAUCAGGCGCGGGACGCUGACGGCCGUCAUGGGCGGUUCAGGGGCUGGCAAGUCGACGUUUGUCAACGUGUUGAUGGGCAAGAGCGAGUACACGGCAGGCAGCGUCACCAUCAAUGGCGCGCCGGGCAAGCUGCGGCAGUAUAAAAAAGUGGUGGGCUACGUGCCGCAAAACGACGUGGUGCUGCCUGAACUAACGGUGCGCGAAAACCUGCUUCACUCGGCGCGGGUGCGGCUGCCGCGGACCUGGAAAGACGCGGACAUCUGCGCGCACGUCACGGCCGUCGUCGACUGUCUCGAGCUGAGCCACGUCAGCGACAGCCUAGUGGGCAGCGUGAGCAAGCCGAUACUCAGCGGUGGGCAGCGCAAGCGCGUUAGCAUCGGCAUGGAGCUGGCGGCGGCGCCCAUGGCCAUCUUCCUCGACGAGCCGACGUCGGGCCUCGACGCGACGGCGGCCACGUCCAUUAUGCGCACGCUCAAGGCGCUCGCGCGCCUGGGCAUCUCGGUCAUCGUCGUCAUCCACCAGCCCCGCAUGGAGAUCUUCGACAUGCUCGACGACUUGAUCCUGCUGGCCAACGGACAGCUCAUCUACGCGGGCCGAGAGGCCGACGUGCAGCCCUUCUUCGAGCAGCUCGGCUUCCACUUCCCGCCCCACGCCAACUACGGCGACGUCGUCACCGACAUCAUCACCGGGAACGGACGCCCGUACAAGAAGACGGGCGACAUCUCCAAGGACGCGCUGAUCGGCCACUGGUCUGCGUCACGACAGGGCAGCCAUGGCGACGAGAGAACCAUGGAGUCGGCUGUACCCACCAGCCAAAGCCACGCCAACAUGCAGCGGCUGCUACGUCGGCGCGGCGCUCCUCUCUGGCGGCAGACCCAACUCUGCUUCGCACGAGCAAUGCUCCAGCAGUACCGCGCCCUCGCGACCUUCUGGUACGAGAUGUGCCUCGCCACGCUCGCGGGGUUCCUCCUAGGCCUCGCCGAGCACGCGAAGCAGGGCGUGCUGUUCACGGGUAGCUACCGCGGGGCGUACUCGAUCCUGAGCGUGUCAUCGGACCUGCGCUCCGCGCCCGAGCUAGCGCUGCUGGUAGCUAUCGCGGUGGGGCUCGUGGGCGCCGCGCCGGGCGUGCGCGUCUUCUCCGAGGAACUGCUGCUGCACCGCCGCGAGGCCGAGGCCGGGCACAGCCGCCUGGCGUACUUCGCCGCUAAGUCGGCGGCGGCUGCACCGCGCAUGGCUUGCGCGUGCCUGCACUUCUCGACGCCGCUGCUGCUGCUCUCGGCGGCCGUCGUGCCGUGGGGUGUGGCGUUCCUGGCGAACCUGCUGUACUUCUACUGUGUGUAUGGGCUUGCGAGUGUGGUGAGCAUGGUCGUGCGCCGUGAGGACGCGCCGCUGUUUGCGACGAUGCUGAGUCUGAUUGUCGGGGUCUUGUCUGGUGCGGCGCCGCCGCUCCGCACGGUUAGGGGGUGGCAUGUCGAGUGGCUGUGGCGCGCCAGCCCGGGCGUCUGGCUCGCCGAGCUCUACUUCGGCCAGCUCGUCGGCCCGUUUGCAUAUCUGUACGACGUUGAGCAGGCGGCCGAUGCUGCCGGCUUCGCGCUCGACCACCUGUGGCGCAACUUGGGUGUGCUGGCGGCCAUUGGCACGCUGUAUAGGGUGUUGGCAUUUGCUGGUUUGUUUGCGGGCAAGAGGAUUCGCAUGUAG